AUGUCUGACUCUAUUUCCUUAGGCACUUAUUUGUUUGCGAGACUCAACCAAAAGCCUCUUGGCUUGAAUUCUAUUUUUGGUGUACCAGGAGACUUCAAUUUAACGUUGCUUGACAAGAUCUCUGAGGUGAAAGAUUUACAUUGGCGGGGUUGCACCAACGAAUUAAAUGCUGCUUAUGCGUGUGAUGGAUACUCGAGAGUGAAGGGUAAUGGCAGUGCCGAGGGUCUUGGCUUUGGUGCCUUAGUCACUACUUUUGGAGUAGGAGAAUUGAGUGCUCUCAACGGUGUGGCAGGCUCUUAUGCUGAACAUGUUGGAAUGUUACAUAUUGUUGGAAUUCCGUCUGUGGAUGCUCAAAAGAACCAAUUGUUAUUGCAUCAUACUUUGGGUAACGGCGAUUUCUCUGUAUUCCACAAGAUGUCAUCACACAUCAGUGGUACAACAGGCGUGAUCAAUGAUCCAGCUCUUGCUCCCGAUGUCAUUGACAGAGUCAUUAGGGAAGCAUAUAUUAACCAGCGUCCAUCAUACUUAGCUUUUCCAGCGAACAUGGUGGAUGUGCCUGUUCCUAAGGAAAGAUUGAACAAACCAUUGGAUUUAAACAUCCCUAAGAAUGACCCAGAACUCCAAGAAGAGGUAAUUGAGGAGGUAAUUGAUAAGAUCAGGAAAGCGAAGGAUCCGGUAAUUAUUGUGGAUGCUUGUUGCGCCCGUCACAAUGCAAACAAAGAGGCCAGCGAGUUAAUCAAAAUAUCUAACUUCAAGUAUGCUACUACCCCAAUGGGUAAAGGUACUAAAGAUAUCGACGAGCAAAACCCAAAAUUCACAGGUGUCUAUGUUGGUUCACUUUCCUACCCUCAUGUGAAAGAGGCUGUAGAAAAGUCGGAUUUGGUGCUUUCUGUGGGUGCACUUCUUAGUGACUUUAACACAGGUUCUUUCUCGUAUUCAAUCCAGACAAAGAAUGUUGUGGAAUUCCACUCUGACUACACCAAGGUAAAGGGAGCCACAUACCCUGAAAUCAGGAUGAAAGAGUUGUUAGGAAAGCUUAUUCAAUCUCAGGCAUUGAAACAAGUGUUCAAAGAACACCUCCAUCAGUCAAACUGUGAAAGAACCUUUACAACACCUGACGCUCAGAAACUCCGGGGACUAAAAUAA